AAGUAACACACCCGUCUCAGCUCUCAGACCCCAGUCCCUGUGUGGAUACAGCAACACAUUCCUCUUGGCGUCUUCUCCUCUUCUUCCACGUGAGCGAUGGACCAUGAAGUUAUUAAAGAGAGGAAGGUUUUACGACCAACGUCCUGAGUAACAUUGUUGGCAGAGAGAUCCCUGGUUGGUGACCCUGUAGGUGAGAUGGAUGAGUUGUAACUGUUAUAUCUAUAGUAACAGUAUGGUCCUAGACAGUAUCAACACAGCCACCAACCCUCUCAAGAUGAGUCUAAUGGAUGUCUCCAAGAUCUUCUCUCUGCUUCAGCCCAAGGAAGAGGAUGAGGAGGACAAUGAGCAUGGCCAGGCUCUGAACCAGGCAGUGAGCAGUGAUGACGUGGAGGUGUUAGCUGAGCUGUUGUCCCAGGAGAGCUACAGAAAGUCUAUCAACAGCAGAAGCGGCUGGGGGAUCCCUGUUACCCCCCUACGGACUGCCGCAGCGCACGGACACCUGAGGUGUCUGGAAUUCCUGCUGGAGCACGGAGCGGAGGUGGACAGUCUAGAUGUGAAGGCCCAGACCCCUCUGUUUACAGCAGUCAGUGGUAAAGUCCAGGACUGUGUUGUGGUCUUACUGAAGGCUGGAGCCGACCCCAACGGCAGCCCGUACAACAACUGUUCCCCGGUGCUGACCGCCGCCCGCGAGGGAGACGUGGAGGUCCUCAGGGAGCUGCUUCAGUUCGGAGCCGAGGUCGACGUCUGGCCCAAAGUCCCUGAGUGGGCCUCCAACGCCACAGCCUGCAGGGGACCCCUGUACAUAUCCGCUGUAUAUGGACACCUGGACUGUUUCAAGCUGCUGCUGCUCCACGGGGCUAAUCCUGACUAUAACUGUAAGUCAGAGAAGAUGCUGGCCAGGAUCAAGCAGCCCAAGACGGUGCUGGAGAUGUGUCUGAGGUAUGACUGUAAAGUGGAAUACAUACAGCUGCUCAUAGACUUUGGGGCAGACGUGUAUCUGCCUACGCUGAUUAUUGACAAGACCACCAAGCAGAACGAAGCGGUGGCUCUGCUGCUCAAGGAGAGAGUUUGUCCCAAUACUCUGAUGUCACAGACACGGCUCGCGAUUCGGAGACACCUCCCCGUGGUUAAUACAAUGACAUCCAUAGACUGCUUGGACAUUCCCCAGAUACUGAGGAACUACCUGAAACAUCUCCCCUGACCUCUAUCUCUUAACCUCUGAACUCUGUAUGAUGAAGAUGAUGUCACAAAUGGAUACCCUAUAUGGCUGUGUCUCAAUAUGGGAGUCCUCUGCUUCAUCUCCACUGUUCUGAAAACACAUUUUAGGUGAAAUCAAUAUGGAGGAGGAUUUCUGCUAAAUGUAAACAAAAAGUGUGAUAAUUUCAUACGGUCUUCUACUGUCUCUACUGAGUGAGUCAUGGGCUGCAAAGUCCAGUUUGUUCUGUUUUUAUUGGAAGUGUGAAUAAUAAUUAUGCCAAGUUUGCCUUUGAAUAGUUGUAGAGGUUUAAUUAGAAGAAACACAUUCAUUUCACUUAAUCUCUGUGAUUGAAUUCAGCAAACCGUGCGUAAAUGUAAUCAUUGGAAAUUGGUUGAAGUCUACUGAAACCAUGGUGAAGACACUGCCCUCUUCUGGACAGUUAUAUAAGUGCACAGAGCUUCAGGAGAAACAUUUUGUAAGUGUAAAACCAGAAGUAACCACUAGGUGUCACACUACCACAGUAAAUGUAUUCUCUGUCUAUGAAAUCACUGCUCACCGUUUGGAAGUCAUCUUUAGUCAAGCUAAAAAACAAUGUAAUUUGUGAAUCUCUCUCACAUUAUGAGUGACCUUGCUGAAGACUGAAGUAAGUUCCCUGAGUUAAUUCUGAGGCUUUAGCUCAAUGACAUAGUCUUGUGGAUUGCGAUAAGACCCAGGUUCAAACCCAAUCAUUCAAUCCCAGGUUCAAACCCAGUCAGUGAAACCCAGGUUCAAACCCAGUCAGUCAAACCGAGGUUCAAACCCAAUCAGUCAAACCGAGGUUCAAACCCAGUCAGUCAAUCCCAGGUUUAAACCCAGUCAGUCAAUCCCAGGUUCAAACCCAGUCAGUCAAACCCAGGUUCAAACCCAGUCAGUCAAUCCCAGGUUUAAACCCAAUCAGUCAAACCCAGGUUCAAACCCAGGUUCAAACCCAAUCAGUCAAACCCAGGUUCUAACCCAGUCAGUCAAACCCAGGUUCAAACCCAGGUUCAAACCCAAUCAGUCAAACCCAGGUUCUAACCCAGUCAGUCAAACCCAGGUUCAAACCCAGGUUCAAACCCAAUCAGUCAAACCCAAUCAGUCAAACCCAGGUUCUAACCCAGUCAGUCAAACCCAGGUUCUAACCCAGUCAGUCAAACCCAGGUUCUAACCCAGUCAGUCAAACCCAGGUUCUAACCUGGUAACAAAUAAGCAACGGCACAACGCCUGUCCCCUACUUGACCCAGAUAGUUUGUGUGUAUGUAUUGAUAUGUAGGCUACGUGGGCCUUUUCUAAAUGUAUGUAGUUCUGUUCUUGAGCUGUUCUUGUCUAUUGAUGUUCUGUAU